GAGAGAAGAGAGUAAGAAGAAUCCAUCACACACACUGAGAAGGAGGAGAGGAGCGAGGGAUUCAGCAAAGGACAAGAUAGCCCUGUCAAUACAGAUCCAUGGAGUGGAGUAGGAGAGCUAUCCCUGUCUCUGGGAUUUUCCUACUCUUUCUGAGGGUCACUGUGCAAAUAGACAACGUGGCAUUGAGAGGAGUGGCUGCUCAGUCAUCACAGUUUUCAGAUCGCAAUGCUCACUAUGCAAUUGAUGGGAACAGAAACACAAACUAUGGAUCCUGCACCCACACUGCACAGGACACCAACCCCUGGUGGAGAGUGGACCUGCUGGAUGUGUACAAAGUGACAGCUGUCACCAUCACCAACAGAGAUGACGUUCCUGAGAGACUUGAUGGUGCUGAGAUCCGUAUCGGUAACUCACUGGAGAACAAUGGCAUCAACAACCCCAGAUGUGAUGUCAUCUCCCACAUCCCAGCAGGAGAGACCAACACCUUCCAGUGUAAUGAGAUGGAGGGUCGCUAUGUUGUUGUGGUCAUCUAUGUCAGGAAGGAAUAUCUCACUCUGUGUGAGGUGGAAGUAUAUGGCACUGUCAAAACUCCAGAGUCUUCCACAGAAGCCCCCAAGUCAAAGAGAACGGUGGUGAGGAUGAAGAUCCAAUCAGAUGCUGAUCUGAAGAACCAGGCAGUCAGUGACCAGCUCCUACAGCAGCUGCAUGUAGAGCUCGUGAAGCAGGGGGUGUCUGACUUUCAACUGCGCUGGAGGACUCAGCCAGAUGGACAGAUUUUCCACCGUGAGGAAGAAGCGAAGGAGGGUGGACCCACACAGACAGGUGUCUGUGGAACUGAAGGGGGCUAGCCUGGUGAGAGACUCUAAGGAGACACAACAGUUUAAGAUUGGACUGGACAUGUACCUGACAUGAUGACUCCUUGCUGUCCCCAGUCCACCUGACCGUGCUGCUGCUCCAGUUUCAACUGUUCUGCCUUAUUAUUAUACGACCAUGCUGGUCAUU